GUUCACUCUGACUGGAAAACCAUUGGGCUCUUGAAAUUUUACUCACGCUAAUAUGAAGUUGGUCAACUUUGUUUCCCCUGAUAUUAAGUGAUUCACGAGGGACGGUUUCAGUCAAAACGCAACUGUCAUUCCUCAGCCUUUAUAACGUGAUUACUCGUUUUGCUUCGUUUGAAAUGCCUCUCAUGGUCGGCGGAAGAGAUGGACGGGCUGAUAGAAGUGUGAUGUGUGUCCUGCUCCCCCUCGUUGUCCUUCUGUUUUUAUCGGCCGGAGUUUCGGGUAUACCGGAGGAGCAGAAAUCCGUUCAAGAACAGCCUCCUCAAGAGAAAGUCCCCAGUCCCCAUCCCAUUGGCCCAGUGGUUAAUGAAGAUGACUCCAGUAAAGGAAACCUGGGCUUCAUCCAUGCAUUUGUGGCUGCCAUCUCCGUCAUCAUUGUCUCUGAGUUGGGAGACAAGACGUUCUUCAUUGCAGCUAUCAUGGCUAUGCGAUACAACCGCCUCACUGUGUUAACGGGGGCUAUGCUGGCUCUGGGCCUUAUGACCUGCCUCUCAGUGCUGUUUGGCUAUGCCACGACCAUCAUCCCCAGAAUCUACACAUAUUAUGUGUCCACUGCACUGUUUGCCAUCUUUGGUGUGCGUAUGUUGAGAGAAGGGCUGAGAAUGAGUCCAGAUGAGGGCCAGGAGGAACUGGAGGAGGUGCAGGCUGAGAUCAAGAAGAAGGAUGAGGAGCUUCAGCGGUCUAAGCUGGCCAAUGGGACCCCCGAUGUGGAGGCAGGAUCUGGAAGCACCUUGCCGCAGGGAAAAUGGCACAGCUUUAUCUCACCUGUUUUCCUCCAGGCCCUCACCCUUACCUUCCUGGCUGAGUGGGGGGACCGUUCCCAGCUCACUACAAUUAUUCUGGCUGCUCGUGAGGAUCCAUUUGGAGUCGCAGUGGGUGGAACACUUGGACACUGUCUGUGUACAGGGCUGGCUGUGAUAGGAGGGAGAAUGAUUGCGCAGAAGAUAUCUGUCAGAACUGUUACAAUCAUUGGAGGGAUUGUUUUCCUGGCCUUUGCCUUCUCUGCGCUUUUCAUCAAGCCGGAAGCUGGAUUUUGAUCAGAUGAAAGACUUUCAGGCUCAUUUUGUAUAUAACUUAAAAGUACAACCAACUUCCUG